GUCUCCUCCUUGUAAAACACUAAAACCUCCGCCAUGAAACCCUUCUUCUUUUUCUUCCUCUUCUUCCAUCUCUACCCAGUUCCCACCCUCAGUUACGCCGUAUACGAAGCUACCGCCGCCGUCAACCCCGCCAAUUUCAUCCGCAGAAGCUGCUCCGCUACCUUGUAUCCCGACGUUUGCUAUUCUUCCCUUUCUCGAUACUCCAACGCCAUCCAACAAAACCCAGCUCGUCUCGCUCGUGCCGCCAUUGGUGUCACCCUCUCUAAAGCCCGUAACCUCGCAGUUUACGUCUCCAAGAUCUCCCGCGAAGCUGAUUACGGUGCCGACACACGAACCAGCGCAGCCUUGCAUGACUGUUACUCCAACAUGGGGGAUGCGGUGGAUGAAAUACGUGGAUCGCUGAAGCAAAUGAGGCAGACGGUGGCGCCGGGGUCGGAGUCUUUCAGGUUCCAGAUGGGGAAUGUGCAGACGUGGAUGAGCGCGGCUUUGACGGACGAGGAGACGUGCACGGACGGGUUGGAGGAUGUGGCGGAGGGAGCAAUGAAGAUAGAGGUGGUCAAGAGAGCGGCCAAAGUGAAGAAGCUGACGAGCAAUGCCUUGGCUUUGGUUAAUAGUUACGCGGAGAAGGGCACAAUGUAGAGCUAGGAAUAAAUUGAAAAGCUGUAUAAUUUAUAAUUAGAUGAUUGGUUAUUAUUGUUGAAUGUAAAUUUUGAUUUUUG